CCCAGACUCCAGAGUACAAAGCGGUUCGAGUGGAACCCGCUCGGCGCUCGGAUCGUGAUUAAUCCGGUUCACGGCUGCUAACCUGCUACCAUGGUUGCUUACCAUCUUGCUGGACCUAACCUUCCUCCACAAAACCCUAAUUCCCCAUUCAGAUUUUGAGGGGAGAAAGUGAAAAUGCCUUUCAUUUCACGAAUACAGCGGCAAUCCGAUUACAAUCUCUUCCCCUCCACCGUUCCCAUCGUCAUCGACAAUGGUGCUUCCUAUUUCCGUAUUGGAUGGGCCGGAGAGACGAACCCUCGAGUCAUUUUCCGCAACAUUGUUCAGCGGCCACGACAUAAAACUACUGGGGAAACUGUAACUAUUGUUGGUGACCAUGACCCUGCAUUGUUGAAGUACUUUGACUGCACUCGCUCGGGGCCUCGCUCGGCUUUUGAUAGCAAUGUUGUUUAUCAGUUUGAAAUAAUGGAAUAUAUUCUUGACUUCGGCUUUGAUCGGUUGGGUGCAAAUGGAUCGGAGAUUGAUCAUCCUGUCCUGAUCACAGAAUGCGUAUGCAACCCUGUUCAGUCUCGUAGUAAAAUGGCUGAGCUUCUUUUUGAGACUUAUGGAGUUCCAUCAGUAGCAUUUGGUGUUGAUGCUGCAUUCAGUUAUAAAUAUAAUCAACACCUUGGCGUUUGUGAUAAAGAGGGUCUUGCUAUCUGCCCUGGAUUUACCACAACUCAUGUAAUCCCGUUUAUUGAAGGAGAGCCUGUUUAUGGAGGAAGCUGCCGAACUAAUAUUGGUGGAUACCACAUCACUGAUUAUUUGAAGCAACUUAUUUCACUUAAAUACCCUCAUCACAUGGCUAGGUUUACAUGGGAGAAAGUUGAAGACCUGAAGAUGGAGCAUUGUUAUAUCGCUCCUGAUUAUGCUUUAGAAGCUCGAUUGUUUCAAAAAGGGGCCAAGGAAGCUGAAGAUAAAACUAGGUGUUGGCAGCUUCCAUGGAUUCCACCUCCAGUUGAGGAGCCUCCUUCAGAAGAAGAGAUUGCUAGAAAGGCAGCCAUAAAGGAGAAACAAGGUCAACGGCUGAGAGAAAUGGCUGAGGCAAAGAGGUCAUCUAGGAUAAACGAACUAGAAAAUGAAUUGCAUGGUUUGGAAUUUCUUUUAGAGCAGCUCGAACAAGUGGAAGAGGAUGAUAUUCCAUCUUUUCUGUCAGCAACUGGCUAUCUCUCCAAGCAGGAAAUAGAAUCUGCCCUUCUGAAAGUUACUCAAUCUUUACGAAAAGCAAAAGGUGAACCAAAGGAUGACCAAGCCGAAUCUGAGGAGAAGACAGACCCUUCUACAAACGAAAAGUUUCCUCUUGUCAAUAUACCCGAUAACAUGCUGACACCCGAGCAGCUCAAGGAAAAAAGGAGGCAGUUGUUUCUUAAAACCACGUCUGAAGGCCGGCAGCGAGCAAAACAGAAACGCUCAGAAUCAGAAUUAGAACGAGAAAGAAAAAACCAACAAGAUGAAGAAAACCGCUUGUAUGGAGAGAACCCGGAGCUUUAUUUAGAACAGCUGCGUGUUAAAUACAAAGAGAUUUCUGAGAAGGUUGAGCAGCGAAAACGACUCAAGACAAAUGGGAACCAUACAAAUGGAAAUAAUAUGUCUGGAAGUGUUGGUCGUGGUGAGAGAUUGAGUGCAGCCCAGAGGGAAAGGAUGCGCCUCCUAACUACAGCAGCCUUUGAUCGGGGGAAGGGAGAAGAUACUUUUGGUGCCAGGGAUGAAGAUUGGCAACUUUACAAACUCAUGAGCAAAGAUAAUGAUGAUGAUGAUGAUGGGCCAGAUCAGGAUGAAGCUGAACUCACUCGCAUAUCUUCCAGGCUCCAGGAAAUUGAUCCUACAUUUGUUCCCAGCUCAGAAUUAGGAACCUCUCAACCUGUUGAAGUACCUCGUAUCCGUCCUUUGACAAAGGAAGACUUCAAGAUUGUUCUUGGGGUUGAAAGGUUUCGAUGCCCAGAAAUUUUAUUUCAUCCCAACUGGAUUGGGGUGGAUCAAGCUGGGUUAGAUGAGAUGGCUGGGGUCUCAAUAAGGAGGUUGCCAUCUAUGGGCGAAGGUGUGGAGGAAAGACUGACCAGUUCAAUAUUUAUGACUGGUGGGAGUUGUCUUUUCCCUGGUAUUGCUGAGCGAUUGGAAGCUGGAAUUCGGAUGAUUAGGCCAUCUGGGUCACUUAUAAAGGUGGUAAGAGCAUUUGAUCCUGUUCUUGAUGCAUGGCGUGGGGCUGCUGCUUAUGCCAUUGAUCCACAGUUUCUGACACAGACUUUUAGUAAAACAGAUUAUUAUGAGAAAGGUGAAGAUUGGCUUCGCAGAUAUCAAGUGAAGUACAGUUUAUAGAUGAUUUGGUCAGGGUGCAUUGAUGUAAAUUAUCAUUUAACGUUAGAUGACUCUAAAGUCAAUUAAAUUCUAGACUAAUUUUUGAAGUCCAGUGAAGCUGUAGCUGUUAAGCACUGAUACAGGCUAUUGAUAUUUGUUCCUAUCCAGUUCAAUUCGUGGUCUGAUCCUCAA